UUCACUAUAUCCGCUCUCCCCGGACCCCGCAUUCACUAUAUCCGCUCUCUCCGGACCCCGCAUUUACUGUAUCCCGCUCUCCCCGGACCCCGCAUUCACUGUAUCCGCUCUCCCCGGACCCCGCAUUCACUGUAUCCGCUCUCCCCGGACCCCGCAUUCACUGUAUCCGCUCUCCCCGGGACCCCGCAUUCACUGUAUCCGCUCUCCCGGACCCCGCAUUCACUGUAUCCGCUCUCCCCGGACCCCGCAUUCACUAUAUCGCUCUCCCCGGACCCCGCAUUCACUAUAUCCGCUCUCCCCGGACCCUGCAUUUACUGUAACCGGUCUCCCCGGACCCUGCAUUCACUAUAUCGGGUCUCCCACAGUACACAUAACAUGGAAGUGCAAUUAAUUUAGUAAACAAACUGCUAA